UUUCUUAAGAUUUUUAUUAAACUUUUGUUUUACAAAUUCAGUUUUUAUUUCAUAAUGCCCUUUCCCACAAUGGUCUAUUUAUUUCACAAUUUUGUUUUUCAGCAGAAUGACUUCAGCUGUCAAUCAAAGCUAGUGGGUUGGACCUGUGCUUGAUGCUCUGAGAUCGAUUCUUUUUCCUAGACACCGGUCAUGGCCGUUUCUUGGGAGACAAACUCCAACAUGCAGAGUCAGCAGACAGUAGAUAUGACCGACUCCAGCAGAGUUUCUGCAGCUUUGCUGACUCUAGCUGAUCAAAUAGAGCGUGAGAAUCUGUCAGGAGAUGCUGUUUUGACUCGUUUAGAUGAUAUUUUCGAAAUACUCGGGAUGGUAAUUGCUAUACAGGAUGCUAACAUCGAUGACAAUAUUUUUGACAGUUUGAGAGAAAUUGAGCACCGGGUGCAUAUAGAAUAUGCACAGGAAGAACUGUCUUUAAGUGCUGGCCGUCCACGACUUGAAAUUCCGCGUGAGACUCUCGGGACUUUGGUGCUCUCUGGGAUAACCAUCCGGAGUAUUGCUGAAAUGUUUGCUGUGUCGCCCAGCACUGUUCGGAGGAGAAUGGUGGAAGAAGGUUUACGGAAAUCUGAUAGGUAUUCUUCUGUUGGAGAUGCAGAAUUGGAUGCCAUAGUGCUGGAUAUUCAGCAUUGUCACCCAAAUGCUGGCUGGAGAAUGAUGUUGGGACAUCUACGAUCCAGAAGAAUACACAUUCAAAGAUCUCGACUGGUAGAGUCCAUGAGACGUGUGAAUCCAGAGGGGGUCAUGAUGCGACGCUUGUCUAUUCAGACUGCCAGACGCCGUCAGUACAGUGUGCCAGCACCAAAUUACCUCUGGCAUAUAGAUGGAAAUCAUAAGCUAAUUCGAUGGAGAUUUGUUGUCCAUGGAGGAAUAGAUGGUUUUUCCAGGUUAAUUGUCUACCUUAAUGCUGCCACUAACAACAAAGCCACAACUGUGUUUGAUGGGUUCUUGUCAGCUGUCAGGCAAUAUGGCAUACCAUCACGAGUUAGGUCAGACAAAGGGGGUGAAAAUGUGAAGGUGGCUCAUUUCAUGGUUCAGACGAUGGGGGAGAACAGGAACUCUCACAUUACAGGCAGAAGUGUGCACAACCAGCGAAUUGAACGCCUGUGGAGGGAUGUGUAUGAAAACGUCCUUGACCUUUUCUACACAAUGUUCACUCAGCUGGAGAUUCAGGGACUACUUAAUCCUGGAGAAGAAAUUGACCUGUUUGCACUGCACAGAUGCUUUUUGCAUCACAUUCAGCAUCAUCUUCAGGCAUUCAAAGAAGCUUGGAAUCAGCAUGGACUGAGAACAGAAAACAACUGUUCACCCCUUCAACUCUGGUCGCUGUACAGAAAGGAGGGACAUGACUUUUCACAGGUUCCUGACGACUACGGCAUCGACUGGACAGGACCACAUAGUCACCACCCAUCAACUGAGAUUACCAUUCCUGAGAUCCAGCUCCCCCGUUUAUUCAGUCAACAAGAACUUGCAGAAUUACCACACACCAAUGUUCCACUCAGCCAGGCUUUGCAAGUUUACAUUCAAACUGUUCAUGCACUCAAACAUUUGUUUCAUAGCAACUUUUGAACUGAGAGUGCAAGAUGCAUCACUUUGUCAUUACUCAUGUAGUUACUUUGUAAAAUAUAUACUCAUUGUCUGAUAUAAGUCAUCCUUCCUCUAGUAGUCCGAUUGCUAAUCUGUGGGAACUUAACUUUCAUUCAGCUACGUCACAGUAAUAAAGACACUGAAUAUGACCAUGUAGUGUGUCUCCUUUAUUAAUUUCUGAAUGACAGACAAACAGUACAAUAACUGCUGCUGUCACACACUGUGUUUACAUCU